AUGCGUUUCCUUAUUGCUCUUUGCCUUAUUGGCGCCGCAUGCGCUCAAUACAGCUACAAUCCCGGAUUCAGUGGCUCCAGCAGCGGCAGCAUUCCCAGCGUGGACUAUCUUGCUCCUGCCGGCUCUGAAAGCAGCUACAACUCAGCCUAUGCGCCAGUUUCUGGUGGUCUCAACAAGGAGUUCUACACAUUCGAAGCCGAUGAGAAUGAUUUCCAUGACGCCGCCGGCAGCGAGAGAAUUGCCAACUCUGUGAACAAGGGAUUGCGUGUGGUCUUCAUCAAGGGACCCGAGAACCGUGGCCUGGAGAACGCUGCUCUGGCUCUGGCCAAGCAGGCUGCCGAGCAGAGAACCGCCAUCUAUGUGCUGAACAAGCAGCAUGACCUCAACGAGCUCGCCCAGAAGUUCAACGCUGUGCGCAACAAUGUGAACAACAACAACAAGCCCGAGGUGCACUUUGUCAAGUAUCGCACUCCCGAGGAUGCUGCCAAUGCUCAGCGCGCCAUUCAGUCCGAGUACGAUCAGUUGGGCGGCUCCAGCCAGAACUUCAAUGGCGGCGUUGCUUCUGCCAUCAACUUUGCCAGCCAAUCUCCUCAUGCUAUUGGUCAUGUCAGUCACGGUGGUGCCAGCAAUUUUGGUGCCCUCGGCGCCGGCAGUGCUCCUGCUCCCAUCAACUCCUAUCUGCCCGCCAACAUUCUGCGUCGCCUGCGUGUGCGUUAAGUCUUUAAUUUUGGCUCUUGUAGCUGGACUGAUUGUUUUUA